GAUAUUAACCACAACCUAGAUAUUAACCACAACCUAGCUAUUAACCACAACCUAGAUAUUAACCACCUAGAUAUUAACCACAACCUAGAUAUUAACCACAGCCUAGAUAUUAACAACAGCCUAGAUAUUAACCUCCUAGAUAUUAACAACAACUUAGCUAUUAACCACAACCUAGAUAUUAACCACCUAGAUAUUAACCACAACCUAGAUAUUAACCACAGCCUAGAUAUUAACCACCUAGACAUUAAUCGCCACCUAGAUAUUAAUCACCACCUAGAUAUUAACCACAACCUAGAUAUUAACCACCUAGUUAAUAAUAGAGAUAUUAAUCACCUAGAUAUUAACCACCUAGAUAUCAACCACCUAGAUAUUAAUCACCACCUAGAUAUUAAUCACCACCGAGAUAUUAAUCACCACCGAGAUAUUAACCUGCUAGAUAUUAACCUUCUAGAUAUUAACCGCCGAGAUAUUAAUCACCGAAAUAUUGACCACCUAGUUAUUAACCACCACCUAGAUAUUAACCACCACCUAGAUAUUAACCACCAAGGAUAUUAA